AAAACAGUUGAGUUUCUUUAACUGAACACGCAACAAUACCCCCGAAGAAGAUGAAGUUCCUGAUCAUCCUUGCCCUGGCCGUGGCCGCCUCUGCCUUCCCCGAAGCGCAGCUGCAGCACCGCAACCGUGAGAUGCCCGUCGUCGGCGACAUUGAGGGUCGCAUCACCAACGGCAAGACCGCCUCCGUGGGUCAGUUCCCCUACCAGGUGGGACUUUCCCUCAAGCUGAGCGCUCUGUCCAGCGCCUGGUGCGGUGGCUCUCUGAUCGGCAACCAGUGGGUCCUGACCGCUGCUCACUGUACCGAUGGUGUCCAGUCCGUGACUGUCUACCUGGGCGCCACCGUGCGUACCUCCCCCGAGGUUAGCCACACCGUCUCCAGCAGCAGCAUCAUCAUCCACUCUGGCUGGAACAGCGCCAACCUGCGCAACGACAUCUCUCUGAUCAAGAUCCCCAGUACCACCUACACCACCAAGAUCAAGGCCGUCGCCCUGCCCGCCAUUGCCAGCUCGUACAGCACCUAUGCUGGUGAGACUGUUAUCGCCUCCGGAUGGGGUCGCCAGUCUGACUCCUCCAGCGGUGUGGCCACCAACCUUGCUUACGCCGAAAUGACCGUCAUUGCCAACUCUGUGUGCGCCGCCACCUACGGAACCUCGAUCGUUGUGUCCUCCAACAUUUGCGUCAGCACCACCGGCGGUAUCUCCACCUGCAACGGUGACUCCGGCGGCCCACUGGUCACCAAGUCGACUAUCCAGGUCGGUCUGACCUCCUUCGGAGCUGCUGCUGGUUGCGAGAAGGGCUACCCCGCUGCCUUCACCCGUGUGACCAGCUACCUGGAUUGGAUCAAGACCAAGACUGGCAUCUCCUACUAAGGAGGAGUCAGGGACUUCACUUUAUGAGCAAAAAUAAAAAAGAAUUCUAACGAA